AUACUGCCUCACAAUUAUUAUUGACACAUGUGUCAUUUUUAUUCAUGGAUUUGUAAACAAAACUACACAAUACACAUCGUGUUUUUGAAGCUGUAUAAGUGUGUGUUGUUUACGAGUGUUGGUGACUUGUUCGCGGAGGGAUCCAUACGCAGCUGCAGCCGGACCUUAUUGGCUGGUUCUGGCGUGGAGUGUAAUUUGAAUCGCGCUCUUGUUCUUUUUGUUUGUAUUUUAUACGAGAUCGAGAUAUUAGUGAACUUUUUAUGACACAGUAGUCUCUAUGUGUUUUUAUAUAUAUUUUAACAGCAGACACCCCUUUUAUUGACCUUACAUUUACAAGUUCCCCGGGAGUAUGAGGCUAACUAUAUCGGCAUCCUAUUAAAAUGGCUACCGUGGAGAGGAGCACUGGUAGCACUGAGGGAGAUCAGCAGGAGAGAGCAUUGUCCCCCUCAGAAGAGGACUCCCCCCUUGUUUUAAAUGACACCUCAGCCCCCCUGAAUUUCUCUGAGCUCACACCUUGUCAGUUUGGCAUUUCUGUCCAGAGUUUUACCCCAACAUCACUGUCAAACAACAAAGAUAAGUCUCGUCUUGCACAAAUAAAGGCAAGGCGGAGGUCCAACAUCGGGGUCCGGGGCUCACCAGAGACAAACUCCCUCAUCCGUUUCAUGGCACAACAACGAAUGAAAACUCCAAAAACACUCCGAACUCCAGAGCUUGUCAGAAAUAGCCCCUUCCUUCCCCAGGUCGCCUCCUCACUAAGGCAGAAGAUGGCCUCCUUCCAGACCCUGAUGGAUGUGGAAGAGAGUGAGGUCUGUGAUCCAAUGCCAAGGCAGGACAGCAGCACUGGAGGACGCAUCAAGACAAGAGAUUAUCUGUCUGAUGGGAACAGCCCUGAUGGAGAGAAGGAGAACCACCCACCGCUGAUGACACCCACACCCAGCAAGAGGAGGCGCCUGGGCCCCCGAGAAACCUGCGAGUUGCAGAUUAGAGAGACCAACACUCCGAUCCUCCACUUCACUUUAAAGGAACAGGAGGGGGACGAAGAACCAGUGACACAAGGGCCGCUGCCAUCCAGUGAGACUGUGGCCCAAGCUGUGCUUAUAUCUCCACCCCUUCAUGCUGACUUUGAACGCCCAGCCUGUUCCCUUACUAAGACCCAACAGGGCAGCGUCUUUGAACACCAAAGCCCCAGCCAGCCACUAUCUGAUGGUCUUAAAGCUGCUCCACCAGCCUGGCCUGCAUCCUCCUUCCACAUCCCCUCUCUCCCUUCAGUGCUGGAGAUGAAGCCCACAGGGGACGAUGACUCCGCUGGGAACUCCACGGUUAAGGGCAAGAAAAAGAGCGUGCGCUUUGGAGUUCCGCUCUCUCCGGAGUUCUUUGAUAAGAAUCAGCCCCCCAGCACCCCGUUGCAGAAAGGGGGCACGCCGGCCCGGGCACCUACACCAGGCGGGAGCUUACAGCUGCGCUCAGUGCUGAAGACGCCGCAGAGGAGUGAAUCCCAGACACCACAAGUGCAGCCAAACCUCAGCAGCCCCACCGCGUUUGGUUCCUCACCAACACUUUCAGUGCCUCGCAACCGCAGAAUGCAGUCUGUGGGAGAGGACAAUGAAGAGAAGAUUGUUUUCUCUUCAGUGGAGGAGAUUGACUCUGCACUGACGAGUGAUACAGGGACUCAACCCAGCACAGCCUCCAGCAUGGACUCCAUGUAUGAGCUGACAUCCUUGCCAGAGCAGGAGAAGCAAUGUGAAGUGGGUGUUGAAGCUCCAGCUCCAGCCCAAUCUAGCAACCGAACGAGAAAGCAGCCAGAGGAGUGCGAACCUGUGAAAACGUUGACACGCUCUGCUGCCAAGACAGCCUCUGGGAAGAUGAAGAUGAAGGACGGCGUCUUUGAACUCCAAAGCCCCAGCCAGCCACCACCUGAUGGUCUUGCAGCUGCUCCACCAGCCUGGCCUGCAUCCUCCUUCCACAUCCCCUCUCUCCCUUCUCUGUUGGAGAUCAAGCCCACAGGGGACGAUGACUCCACUGGGAACUCCACGGUUAAGGGCAAGAAAAAGAGCGUGCGCUUUGGAGUUCCGCUCUCUCCGGAGUUCUUUGAUAAGAAUCAGCCCCCCAGCACCCCGUUGCAGAAAGGGGGCACGCCGGCCCGGGCACCUACACCAGGCGGGAGCUUACAGCUGCGCUCAGUGCUGAAGACGCCGCAGAGGAGUGAAUCCCAGACACCACAAGUGCAGCCAAACCUCAGCAGCCCCACCGCGUUUGGUUCCUCACCAACACUUUCAGUGCCUCGCAACCGCAGAAUGCAGUCUGUGGGAGAGGACAAUGAAGAGAAGAUUGUUUUCUCUUCAGUGGAGGAGAUUGACUCUGCACUGACGAGUGAUACAGAAUGGGACAUCAAGCCAUUGAAUUUAAACACUGCUUUCCAUGAGGAGUCUCAGUCCCCGGUCCUGACAGAGUCUGAGACUCAACCCAGCACAGCCUCCCAGAUGGACGCCCUGGGUGAGCUGACAUCCUUGCCAGAGCAGGAGAAGCAUUGUGAAGUGGGUGUUGAAGCUCCAGCUCCAGCCCAAUCUAGCAACCGAAGGAAAAAGCAGCCUGGACCAGAGCAUGAAUCUACCAGUGAGGCUCCAGCUCGUUCCAGCAGUCGAAAGAGAAAGCAGCCAGAGGAGAGCGAACCUGUGAAGAGGUCGACACGCUCUGCUGCCAAGGCGGCCUCCGGGAAGAUGACGAUGACCUCCACAGCAACACGUCGGUGGAACAGGGAUGUGGAUCGCUCCCUGUACGGCUCUCGGGCUUACGCCUCCAAGAACCCCACCCUGAGUCCCAUCACAGAGAGGUUGUCCUUCAUCGGCCCAUCUCCAGCAGCACAGCAGACUCCCACUAUGAGCUACACAGUCCCAAAUCAUGAGACCCACUUGGACCCUGAAAUGACAAACAACAGUCAACCGAUCGGUGACCCGACUGUGACUAAUGCCUCGGAAAGUCCUUCAGAAGAGUUCAUCACAUCCUCUGACUGCAGGAGAGAAAGCACCAGGAGCAGCAGGAGGGCAGGGCCGAGGGUCAGCGGGAGAGGCCUGAAGAAAAGGAAGGUCAGUGUUGCUGAUGGUAUCCUGCUCCAUGAGGACACUCUGGACAAGACUGGAGGAAUGAUGGAGGAGCACUGUGAAGAUCAAACCACUACUAACUUUGAGGCAUCAAGGGAAACCCCACUGACCCACAGCAUACCUGAACAGGCACCAGUUGACACUGAACUUAGUGGACAGACGUGUACUGAUGCUGAACACUGCAUAGACUCGGAUGGAAAAUUAGAAUGCCAUGGCAGUCUGGAUGCUCCCACCUCAGACUGCCCACCUUCAGGUGAGGACACUUUAGAGCCAGCACAGAGAAAAACCAAGCGGGGCAGGAGGAGCUCUUUAAACAGCUCAGUCCUACAGGGGCAGGAGAACCAGGCAGAGGAGCACCAAACAAGCCAUGAAGGGGAGGAGAGGGAGCAGGGAGACCAAGCAGCUAACCAGCAGCAAAGCAACAUCAGGUCAAGCUCUGAUAGCCAGGAGGAGGGGGGAGCAGCCAAUUUGGACCUUGCCCCCUGGCAGACUGACUUUAAUUUUGAGGAUGUGUUCAAAUCAGUCGCCACUAGAGGGAAGCGCUCAGUGCGCCGCAGCCUGAGGAACCAGAGCAACGCAGAGCACAGCAGCAACAGUGCAGGUCUCGCUUGGCUGUCUCAGACCCCCCCCGACACCAGUAAAGAGGCCCGCAGAAGGACAAGGGGCCAGCGGCUCAGUGCUGCUCCACCUGCACAACCUUCACUCCCCGAGGAGACACAGGACCACGCUUCAUGAGACUUUUGAAUGGCUACAUGGGAGACUGUCUGUAUUAGUUAUAUCCCUUUAAUCUCAGUUCAGUCAAAUAAAUGUUCAUUAAACCUUCCUAAAUACCUUAAUUUACUUAAAAUGAAAUGGAAUGAUUUACCAAAGAACGGGCUGAUCUGUCUUACAUUACCUAAAACACUGACGCCUUUGUUCUCUGUGAAUUAUUAGAGCUGACUGGUAAUUUGUAGCCGGUUUCCCUCCACUAACCAAGCCAGUCAAUACACUGAGAGUCCAAUCAUCUCUGCUGACCAUCUCCUAAUCAAUAUCCAACCACUCAGCUGGUAAUCACAGUGCAUCUUCAGUCUCACUCUCCAAAGUCACUGGGUCGAGCACUUCCAAGUCAAUACCUGCUCUUUGUGGACAGAUGUUUUGUUUUUAUUUUUCAGUGAUCCAAAGUGUCGGCAUACAGGGAAAUGUCCAGAAGAGGUCCCUGUCUCAUUUAUUUCAUCCAGUAUACUGUCAAUAAUUAAGAGUAAUAGCCAGUCUGAUUGAAAGUGUCUUAUACAUUGCAUCAAAUUUAAAAUAAAUUGGUGUGCUCUGAGUUUCCUGAAAUCUUAAAAUGUGCCUUGCUCUACUGCGGUUCUGAAUAAACGCUUUGGUUCCAUGUAAUGAUGCCUCAUUAGAUCAAA